UUCUGUGAUAGCUUACGUUGAGUGUGUAUAAUAAUGCUCACCAAAUUAUUUUUACUCGUAUUUAUCUGUGCCCUAGGGAAGUCUGUAGAAUCUUUGCGAUGCUACACGUGUGGUUUCUCUUCCGUUGACACCAACAGGGCUUGUCUCACUAUAAGCAAUUCUACAGCCAGAGUAGAAUGUAGUAUGACGUAUUGCACAAUUAUGCGACAAGAACUUCGAGACCCUGCAGGCGAGAUAGUCAGUUUUUUACGAGGAUGCGAGGGAUCGCCAGACUUUUUAAAUCAUGAAGUGAUAGAUUCAAAUUUUCGAACUUAUUACCGAGCCUGUACUACCGACCUCUGUAACAUCGGUGAUGGAAUACAACCCGUAGGGGAUGGAAAUUUAUCUCCUUAUCCUAUGUACAACGGUACGAACUUGCUUGUACCUGGCACAUGAGAUUUUAAAUUUAAAAUAAUCAUUACAAAUAUUGUAAUUUAAUUAUAUAGUGUUUUAAACUUAACUACCCAAAUGAUACCCAAUUUAAUUUCUUACAAAUAUUAUUAAAAUUUGUAAACUAUUGAAAAAAACAAAAUUUUCUUUUACCUUUUCAGAAAUUUUUCACUUACAAUUGAAAUUCAUCUAGAAAUUAUAUUUUUUUUUUUCCUUUGGUAUAA